AUGACCACCUGCUUGCCCUCCUCACCCUCUGCCUCUUGCCCCUACCAACAGCCUUCAAGGACACCAAAUGACACCAAACACAGAGCACUGCCUGCCUCUCGCCUUCCGCCACCACCACCCCCUCCUCUCGCCCCUCCGCCACCAUCUGGAGGAGUCCAGAUGAUGGUGGUUGUGAAAGAGGAAGGGGCCCAGCAAAUUUUGCAAGUCCCACACCCCCAGGGGCCAUCCCACCAGUGCACGAAUGGCCCCAAACUGCAAGGCUCAGGGUCAGUCCCACGCCUUCUCGCCCUGCCGCCUGCCUGGUUCACCCCACCCCCUCGCCCUCCUCACCCUCCGCCACCGUGUCUCGCCAUCCGACACCCCUCGCCCAUCCAAACGCCCCUGAAGAGCCCCAACAACAAUGAACGAUGCUGA